UUUGCUGAUUAGAAAAUCAACAGAACAUAUUGUACUUCUUACAGCCGAACCACAGACCAUCGGUCAGUAGGGAAUUGACACCAGAUACCGGUCAUCUUAGGUUCAUUAACCUAACCUCGUGACAUGCAGCACAUAUUCAAGUGAAAUCACUUUCACUGACCUUGAGUAGUCCAAGUUCAACUAAUAUAUUGUUUCUGAAAGGAUUGAGUAAUUUGCUAGUCGGUUAGUAUAAAAGCUCCUGAAACAGUUGUUAGAUUUUAAAAUCAAAAGUCCUUCCAAGUCAAUACGAUACGAUAGAAUAUCAGACAGACAGACCUUACCAGAAUAUCAAGGAAAGUUUAUAGGCCUUUGAAAAGAGAUUUACAGACAACAAAUAAUGAAAAUCGCCACAGUUCUUUUGUUCAUUCUUCUCGCCAUUCAAUGGUAUUCGGUGGAGAGUCUGCUAGGUUUGUUACUUCUGAAACACGUGGCUUUCCACCACCCAUUUUACUACAGUUACGGCCACUACCCAUCAUAUGGACAUGGACGUACGUACAGGGGUUAUAGUUCCCAUUACCAUCAUAGGAUUCAUAAACGUAACAAUGAGGGCAUCGAUGACGAUCUCCGAAAUCCUUCGUUAGGCCUAACUGAAAUCUUCGACGUGAUUGCGAAGAAUGAUAAAGAUACUUGUCUUCAGAAGAUGGUCUGUGAAGUUGGAGUUAGCCCUCAUGAAUAUAACAUUGAGCUGUCUCGUGUAUUCGACAACAACAUAGAUGGAGGAGAGAGUUUCCAGAAAUACCAUGAAGCUUACGACAUCGGUGUUACUGGCCUGUCCCUUAAUCUCUGUGCUCAGAACUUCCCCAGUUGUACGUUAACCUCGGAAGAGCUCAAAUAUUUAGCUGAGAGUUAAGAGGAUAUAUAUAUAUAUGAUGGAUUCAGUGAAGUCUGGUCA